GGGGAGUUCUUCGUUUUAAUUUAUAAUUGCACGAUCUUUUUUUCAUAUUAACUUAUUUAUUUUAGAUCAAGAAGUUGCUGUCCAAAUUAUCGAAAAGUUGGAAAGGAAUGUGAAGAGUGUUGGCCUGGGACAUAUGGAGAAAAGUGUCUUGACUGUCCUUCUAAAUACUAUGGACGUUUUUGUCUGAAGAAGUGUGAUUGCUCAGGAAAUUGCUCCCCGACUCACGGAUGCAAUCUUUCUAUGAAAGAAAUAUAUCUUGAAGAUUCGUCCGGGUGGAAGACGGGACUAGCCAUUUCUGGUGUCUUUGCAAUUCUUAUAGUAUUCGGCAUUGCUGGUGCAUAUGUUUACAGAAGAAGGAGAGGAGGAUUUUGGAGAAAGGGAACUGAAAAGGCUGUUUCAAUUGAUGGACUAGCAGAACAAAAUGAAGAAAAUGAUUUGCGUGGCCUUCAAUCUACCAGGUAUAAUAAUCCGGGAAAUAAUACAGUUUCCAAGGAUUCCGAACCAUCGAUACAAAAAUUGAAGAAAGAUGAAUCAGAAUCAAUUACUCAGGGGAGCGAUGUUAAACAAAAUAAUGAUAUCGUACCCGUGCACCCAAAAGAAAUUAAUGUCGAAAUUACAAGUGACUUUACACUUGAGAGGAAUACGUAUGUAGAACCUAAAAAUAUGAUGUGUGAUGAAGCAAACAAUAUGGCUUUCGAGGAAAGACAACUCCGUGAGUCCUACGUAAUUUUACAUCCUUUGGAAAACCUCGAUACAUGUAACAACGAAUUAGGACCUUAUUCAAAUGGCUUUACAAAUGUCGAUGACUCAAAUACUUAUUUAACCUAAACAAAACAAGUAUUUUACGAACAUUGCUUUUAGCAAUGUUCCUUAACUUCAAAUAAAAUUUCAUUUAUCUCAAAAAUUCAAGAUGUCGGAGAGCCGUCAGAAAUCGAUAUUGAACAAUUAGAAACGUCCUCUCUGACUAAUCGAGGUAAACUCACAUUCCCCAAAAAUCAUCUCUAUGCAUGUAUCAUAAUCGAUAAAUUCGUAUUUCUGACAAAAAUCAUUGUCAGAAUGACUGAUUCUGAAUCUCCAAGAGCACUCAUUUACGAAACAUUAGAUAAAAUAUCUCUAAGCAUUGAGAAAAGUGGCAAAAAGUGGGGAUAUAUUGACAUACAGAAGUACACAC